AUGGCGGAAUCGAAAAUUCCCAGCCUCCAGCAGCGGCCAUGCAGUUAUCUCAGGGCGUUGAACAUAUGGAAAUGGUCCCUCGUACCGAUUGCAGUGCUAUGCUGUCUUCUAUGGGUGUUUGUAAUUGCUGCUAGCAUCUUCUCGGCCGUUUAUGAGAAAAAUGCUAGUUCCGGGGGCGAUUAUCCCCCGAUUCGAUGGAACGAUACGCUGGAAGACUGUGAUCCAGGACAGAUAAUCUGGCUGUUUAUCCCCAUUGCAAUCGAGACAUUCCAUGUUCCAAUCCAACUAUGGCUUUAUACUAGGGAUCUAUUGCAUCCCAUCGCUGCUCUGGUGCUAUCGUUCUGCUUCAUGGGACUGUGGGUGUCCUUCUCCACCCUGGCUCCGUUAAUCGAUGCUUGUGUCGAACGGACAUUCCCGGAUGCAUGGUAUGGCCUGUUCUGGACUCGACAGGUGACAGGAUAUCUGAUCACGCUGCUAUACCUGGUUUAUUUCGGAUUCUCCUGCGCCGCAGUCCAUCAAUGGAGGAGGGACAAGAAAGCGGUGGACGGGAACUUGAGUGACGGUGAUAUCGAAAUGAAAGCGUGA